AUGGCACCCUCAAAGGAUCAGCUCAUGGAGACGGCAGCUCAGGCCCAACUCGACAUGAACACAUACCAAUCCAAGACGGGCGCCGCCCGCCCCCAGGGCAACGACGACGCCGGCGUCUCCAACAUCCAGACGGAGAACCGCUUCCCGGGCGCCACCGUCACCGUCCAGGGCGACCCGAUCAACAACGUCUCGUAUAAGCCCGAGCAGCCGCCCAAGAACCCGGCCGACAACGACGACGACGUCGUCCCCGCCAAGAAGAUUUCUUCGCUCGGCACGCAGGACCAGAAAGAUGAUAUCCUGCUGCAGGGCGAGGGUGCCGUGCGGAAUAACGUGGGCACUAAGGCGCCUGGUGUUGGCGGGGAGAAGUUCCGCGGUUCGGAUUACUAUGUUCCUGAGAGCGUGCCGGAUAGCAUCUCGGCGGAGGGGAACAUUGCGCCUGAGAGCGUGACGCAGGCUUCUGCUGAGGCUGAGAACCCUCGGUAA